AUGGAUGGUAGACAGCCGGAAUACCCGCAGUCAGGUUUGAGCUCACCCUACGCGCCAUACAACGGGCAUCAGUCUGAAGGAUCCUCUACAGAUCAACCGUCUGCUGUGCAAUACCAAGCCGGCCAAGACUACAAGUCGUCCAACUACCAUUCCGCCUCCGCCACACCAGAUUCAAGUUACGGACUGCCGCAAUCAGCGCGUUCAGGAAGCUUCCCCGAAUACAUCCAACGCUCCUACACAGACGGCCAGCAGCAGUCACGCUACCCUGCAGGCGCGCAGAGCGGUAUGGCGCAAACAUCAAGUCCGUCCCUCAACAUGCCCGAUGGCAAUCCACACUCUGGUCACGCGUCAAAUAACGCAAAAUCUGACAACGAUGUACCGAUAGAUCCCUCCAUUGCUCAAUCGAGCCCUACCUACCCUCCCCAGCACAACUACUCGCCCUACGCGCAACAACAAGAAAUGCCCGCACAGUACGCAGGUCAACAGAUGACCUCGUACGGCCGGCCAGAAUGGGCCGGCCACUACCAACAGCCGAUGGGCUAUGGCCACUCGCCGGCCACGACAGGGGGAGCAGCUCCUAACAUGGUCGCGCAUUCGAUCCCUAGACCGCCAGCGGGCGGGCAUCCGCUUUCGACCGUGUACUCGUUUGUGCCGAUUCCUGGCGCGCAGCAACACAAGCGGCCUCGAAGACGCUAUGAGGAAAUCGAGCGCAUGUACAAAUGCGGCUGGAACGGCUGCGAGAAGGCAUACGGCACGUUGAAUCAUCUGAAUGCACACGUGACGAUGCAAUCUCAUGGCACAAAGCGAACUCCAGAAGAGUUCAAGGAAAUUCGCAAAGAAUGGAAAGCCAAGAAGAAGGAGGAAGAGAACAAUCGCAAAGCCGAAGAGGAGCGUCAGCGCCAAGAAGCCCAACGGUCGGGUCAGGACACCACGCAAGCCCAAGGUCAGCCAGGUCAUUACGGACAACCCAACAUGAUGCAACCGCAGAUGGGAGGCCCUCAACUACCUCCCAUCGGCUACCAACCCGCCACCGGCCAGGCGCCCGGUCAGUACGCGCAACCGCAGCAAGUCGAUGGCGCGCAGCAGUAUUCCGGCAACAGCCAGAUGUACGGCGGUCAAGGCUACCCGCAGAGCCCAUACGCUCAGGGCGGGCUCCCAUACCAG